GGCGAGGUCUAUUUGAACGGUGAAAAGCGGGCUCGCAAACAUUCGAGAGGGAAACGAACAUAAAGCAAAUAUCUCGCAGCUGCUGGAGGAACCUAAAUAAUUGGAAUAGUUGAUGUUUUAACCCUCUGGGAAUCUUGACAGUUAAAGAAAAGCAGGCUUCCGCCAUGUCUCACAAACAGAUCUACUACUCUGACAAAUAUGACGACGACAAAUACGAGUACAGGCAUGUAAUGCUACCCAAAGAGCUUGCCAAGCGUGUCCCCAAAACCCAUUUAAUGUCGGAGACCGAGUGGAGAAACCUUGGGGUCCAACAGAGUCAAGGAUGGGUGCAUUAUAUGAUCCACCAGCCAGAGCCACACAUCCUGCUGUUCCGGCGCCCUCUGCCCAACCCAAAAUCAUAAGGGAGAUUCUCUGGGUCCUUUAAGAGAGCAGUUCUAUCAUGUGUCACAGAUCAACUCAUCACCAUGCUGUCUGAUUCCCAUGUAGGCUGAUCAUAUUGGACCUGGAGAAGGACUGCUGCAUUUAUGAACAGUGAUUGUGGAAUGGAUUGUGAUGUGUUGAAGGGAAAAAAAAACAAAAAC